UGCCGACGUGGCGGGGCGGGACCGGGCCAGCUCCCGUCCGGCCGUCUGCUCAGCGCAACCCUCCAUCUCCCUUCUCAGCAACAGAAGUGAGGAUGGCAGAGAGUGAGGACCACGCCUUGGCCCCUGGAGAAGAGCUGGUUGCCUCGGGAGGCCCAGUGGUCCACCCUGCCCCUGAGGACGUGGGCCCACAGGUGGGCCUGAGCGAAGAAGUAGCUCCUCUGCCAGAAGAGGCUGUGGCCGGCGAGCCGGACAAAGAGGAAGAUGCCUCAGGUGGAUCAGCUGAAUGCACCGACUCCGUCAGCCUCGAGCCCGACCCCGUGACUGAUCCGGAACUGGAACAGCAGAGUCCCCAGGAUGUGGGCUCCUCCGCUGGAGGAAGCCGUUGGAUGGGCUGGGGGUCCUGGGGGAAAUCUCUGCUGUCGUCAGCCUCUGCCACUGUCGGCCAAGGGCUCGCAGCAGUGCAGGGCAAGGCGGGGGCAGCCCUGAGAACGCAAGGGAGCCCUCCUGCCUCUCUGGACGGCGAUCUCCCCGCCGCCUCCAACGGCGCGGCUCCAGAGGUGCAAGUGGACCCAGGCCAGGGCACCGGCGAUGCUCCGACCCCAGCUCCAUCUUCAGGUCCCCGGGGAGUGCUGUCCACCUUGUCCAGUGUGGUCCAGAACACGGGCAAGAGCGUCCUGAGUGGGGGCCUGGAUGCCUUGGAGUUUAUCGGCAAGAAAACCAUGAACGUCCUUGCGGAGAGUGACCCGGGAUUCCGGCGGACCAAGAUCCUGAUGGAGCGGACUGUCUCCCUCUCCCAGCUGCUCCGAGAAGCCAAGGAGAAGGAGAAGCAGAGGCUAGCCCAGCAGCUCCCGGCUGACAGGCCUGCACCCUACGGGCUGCUCUUCGAUGAGUACCAAGGUCUCUCCCACCUGGAAGCCCUGGAGAUCCUGUCCAGCGAGAGCGAAGUCAAGGUGCAGUCAUUUUUAACAGCCCUUGAUGGAGAGAAGCUGGAAGUCUUGAAAGCUGAUUUAAUUUCCAUUAAAGAGAUCUUUUCUCUGGAGGAGCCCGAGAGUGCAGUUGCGGAAGGGACCCAAGAGGCAGAAGGAGAGAGCCGGGAAGCGUUUGUGAGCAGGAUCACCGAGCUGCUGUUCGAGCUGCACGUCGCUGCCACGCCCGACAGACUCAACAAGGCUCGGAAGAAAGCAUACGAUUGGGUGGAGGAGGCCAGCACCCUCUCCUCAGCCGCCGUCACAGACCAGCCCGUUGAGACCAACGUGGAGGCUGAGCAGGACAGAGAACAGCAAGAGGAGGCCCCACCGAAGAAAGCCAAGACAGUGGAGGAAGUGUACAUGCUGUCCAUCGAGAGCCUGGCUGAAGUCACCGCCCGCUGCAUCGAGCAGCUCCACAAAGUGGCCGAGUUAAUCCUUCACGGGCAGGAGGAGGAGAAGUCAGCCCUGGAACAGGCCAAAGUCCUGACCAAAUUAACCAGCGCCAUGUGCAAGGAAGUGACUUCUUUGUCGAAGAAGUUUUCUGAUUGUUUAACGGCGGCUGGGAGCAGCCAGAAGGCAGAGGCCCUGAAUCCGGCAGUCACUGGUGUAUGGCUGGAGGGCUGCAACAGCACCGCCUACAUCCAGGACGCUUUCCAGCUGCUGCUUCCCGUGCUGCAGACCUCCCACAUCCAGACAAGCGGCCUCCGAGCACAGCGGCCAUGAUGGCCGCCCGGACGGACCCCCUCCUCGCCGGCGGACGGGGUCCCGGGCCCGUACGCCUCGGCCAGGUGCUCGGUUCACGCGGGCUGCCGGUCCCCGACCCGGCAGAUGGCCAUCGCCCCACCCGUCCCCGGCUGGAAAUGACUGUCCGCCGGUGGUCAGACCCCCCGAGGCCGGAGGCCCCCCCCCGUCUGCCCGCUCCCUGUAUCACCUCUUUCCCCGGCUGAGCCACCGCCGCUACCGGCCGGACGCUCAGGCCCGGUCCCCCCACCAACCGGGUCCAGCCCUCUGGCCCCUCGGUCCCUCCGGUCCCUGCUCCGGACUCUUGUAGCGAAGCACAUUGUCCAUCCUGUCCGUAGGGGCUGGGCAGGGUGCCGCUGCAGCAGGCCACGGAUCCAUUUAGCCCAUUUGUCCCUGGGCUGAGUCAAGGCCCUGCAGUAGCGCUCAGAUCACCAGGGGGUGGUUGUAGUGGCUGGCAGCAAUGGGCGCUACCCAGGGGAGCAGUACCACCCUCUGGUAGUAUGAAAGAGUUGUGCUCCUCUGGGGGCAAAACCCCUUAGACCCUUGGGAGAGUUUUCAGCUCCCGAGGUGAUGAACUGACUUCAUUCAUGGUCAGUUGUGCAGUGGGACAGGAGGACCCAGAAGCAAUCAGUUGCACCCAGCUCCACUCACUUCUUUGCCGAUCGAAUUCCUCAACAACCUCAAGCGUAGAACCAGGAUCCUUUCCCACACCGGGGCCGCCAACACAGAGGCGAGGACCCAGCGGCUCAUCGCCGGUGGAAAAGGACCGAGCGGCUCUUCUGCAGGACAGGGCCCCCAUCGAAUCACUUCCGCCUGAAACUUCAGCCCCAAGCCCAGCCGACCUGGCCUGGUACGUCACUGUGCCGGUGGCCUCCCCGGAAAGAGGGGGGAAACCACAGGGAAGAUCCUCCUGACAGGAGCCCCCCCCCGAAAGGCUUCCCCCCUCAGACCACCCAGGGCAGUGCCCUCUCGGACUGCCUAGGGCUGUGCCCCCUUGGGGGCUGGGCCUGUGACAGGGCCAUCUGGUAGGGAUCCAGCAUCUGACCAACUCUUUCAGGACUGAUGAGAAAGGACACAAGCUGGUCCUCCGGAGUAGGAAAAGGGUUUUUGUCUCCUGCAACUUCCAGCCCAAAGGCCCCGGCCAAACCGGAUUGAGGACUGUGAGUGGAAGCUCCCUGUGGGCCAGGGACGUGUCCCUUUUUUCUGAUGAACUUUCCCAAGUGCCUAGUACAGCGUGUGGGUGCUAAUAAAUGCUAUCGUUUAUUUACUA